AUAAGGGACCAGACAAGAGCAGUGAUUGGCAGGGGAUGCGGUGAGCUUCAGGGCACUCGCCAGAGGGGCAGAGGAAGGCAGGAGAGGUUGUCUUGGAAGAUAAGAUUAUGCUUCGCCUGAAGACACUUCCAUUUCUGAUCUUCCUCCACACACAGCUUGCCAAUGCCUUCCCAGUACCUCCUGAACACCUGGAAGAGAAAAAUAUAAAAACUGCUGAGAAUUACCUACGAAAAUUCUACAACUUACCAAGCAAUCAAUUCCGGUCUUCGAGGAAUGACACAAUGGUUGCAGAGAAACUUAAAGAGAUGCAGCGCUUCUUCAGCUUAGAGGAGACUGGGAAGUUAGAUGCAGCUACAAUGAGGAUGAUGGAAAUGCCUCGAUGUGGAGUGCCUGACUCUGGUGAUUUCUUGCUAACCCCAGGAAGUCCCAAGUGGACACACACUAACCUGACCUACAGGAUUAUAAACCAUACGCCACAGCUGUCAAGGGCUGCAGUGAAAACAGCAAUUGAGAAAGCUUUUCACGUCUGGAGUGUAGCAUCGCCCCUGACCUUCACCGAGACUUUACAGGGAGAAGCAGACAUCAACAUUGCUUUCGUCUCAAGAGACCAUGGUGACAAUUCUCCAUUUGAUGGACCCAAUGGAAUCCUUGCCCAUGCCUUUCAACCAGGCCAAGGUAUUGGAGGAGAUGCUCACUUUGAUUCAGAAGAAACGUGGACUCAAGAUUCCAACAAUUACAACCUAUUUCUCGUGGCUGCUCAUGAAUUUGGACAUUCUUUGGGACUCUCUCACUCCACUGAUCCUGGUGCCUUGAUGUACCCAAACUAUGCUUACAGGGAACCCAGCACCUAUUCACUACCUCAAGAUGACAUCAAUGGCAUUCAGACAAUCUAUGGACCUUCAGACAACCCCAUCCAACCUACUGGGCCCAGCACACCCAAAGCCUGUGACCCCCACCUGAGAUUUGAUGCUACUACCACACUCCGUGGGGAGAUUUACUUCUUUAAAGACAAGUACUUCUGGAGACGGCAUCCUCAGCUGAGAACAGUUGACCUCAAUUUCAUAUCUCUGUUCUGGCCCUUCCUACCCAAUGGUCUUCAGGCUGCUUAUGAAGAUUUUGACAGAGACCUAGUUUUCCUAUUUAAAGGCAGACAGUACUGGGCUCUAAGUGGCUAUGACCUGCAGCAAGGUUACCCCAGAGAUAUAUCCAACUAUGGAUUCCCAAGGAGUGUCCAAGCCAUUGAUGCAGCUGUUUCCUAUAGUGGGAAGACAUACUUCUUCGUAAACAACCAGUGCUGGAGAUAUGACAAUCAAAGAGGAUCCAUGGACCCAGGUUACCCCAAAAGCAUAGCAAGCCUGUUCCCAGGAGUAAACUGUAGAGUCGAUGCAGUUUUCCUGCAGGACUCCUUCCUCCUCUUCUUCAGCGGACCACAAUAUUUUGCAUUUAAUUUUGUCAGUCACAGAGUCACUAGAGUUGCAAGAAGCAAUUUAUGGCUUAACUGUUCAUAGAGUUGAGCAAUGUCAAAUGUCCUUGCACCCACCCUAUGAAUACAAAAAGGGAAGCUCAGUCUGUAUAUUCAUCCCCAUGUCCUGCCCAGACUUUCCUCAGUGGUAACUAACUCUGCAGCCCUCUUCGAAGAACCAGUGUUUGUAAUCUGGCAUUCCCAGCCAUGGCUAACUCCUUCUGCAUAUUCCGCCCCUGGUUCCUGAAUGCAUCACAAAGAGAGCAAGCCAUUUACUACCUUACACUUCACUAUUUCAUUAUCUGCUCUUCUGCCUUCUAAACCCUUUUGUUUUAUUACUUGCUUAUCUAGCUUCAAAUGUUCCUAAAUCUCUUCAAACAGGGAAUCUAGCAUUGGAUUUUCAUUACAAAUGAGGAUUAUAAACACAUAGAUAUUAUCCCCUUAUCUGUACAGAAAAAAGUGCUGUUAUUUCCUCCAUUGGAAAAAAUAUGAAAAAUAUGUAAUGUGUGUUGAAUCAUGCCCCUCUGCAUGCCAG